AUGCAGUCGACAUUUAGGCCCCGUUCUUUGUGGAGGACUGGUUUUCUUGAUACAUGUUUGCGGUCGCGGUUUCAGAUCUAUAGCGGGCCAAACACACGAUUUAUCUCAACAUGGAAGGAAGAGUUGGAUGAGGUCAACCAUGAUACUAAAACACCCCUGUCAGGACGAGUGCAUAUCCUCGGAAUGGGAAAUCUAGGUUGCUUCUUUGCUCAUUCUUUAGCCACGCGACGGUCACCACCUCCAAUCACAAUCUGCUUGCACAAUGACUAUCUCUACCAAGCCUUUGUUCGGAAAAGGGGACAAAUCUCUGUCAGCACACAUGGUCUUGACGAUGUUAGAACGGGGUUUGAUGUUGAAACAGUGGACGAGGAAGGAAGAUGGUAUACAAUGCCGCCUGUUGACAAGCGGCCCUCGUUCGAUUCCGAGCCCCAGUCUCUGCCAGACAAUGGUCCCAUCGAGUGCUUGAUUAUUUGCACCAAGGCGCAUCACACGGAGCUUGCCAUCAAAGACAUUAGCCACCGCUUGACUAAAGACUCGACCAUUUGUCUUGUCCAUAAUGGCAUGGGUGUGCUCGACUCCAUCAAUCAAAAUGUUUUCCCAGAUCCCAACAAUCGGCCACAUUACAUCCAGACAGUCUUCAGCCAUGGUCUGGGUAGGAAUGACUCGUUCAAGAUUUCUCACCUGGGAGUUGGUACCACAAUCCUUAGCCCAGUCGGAGAUCCCAGUGUCUCUCCCACAACGCCAGAAGCCGACCACACAUGGGCGCCAUCCACAAAAUAUCUUCUGCGCCUCUUGACUCUCACUCCACCCUUGGUCGCUGUGGCUGAUACGCCGGCGGGUCUAUUACAAUAUCAACUUGAGAAAUUGGCAGUGAACUGUGUCAUAAAUCCCCUGACUGCGCUGAGCGACUGUACCAAUGGCGAAAUCCUAUACUCGUUCAGUUUUACCCGUGUCAUGCGGCUGCUACUCUUUGAGAUCUCUGCCGUCAUCUGUGCUCUUCCUGAACUGCAAGGUAUCCCGGGCAUCGAGGAUCGCUUCUCCCCAGAGCGCCUGCGUCGUUUGGUCGUGAACAUCGCAAGCAACACGGCUAAGAACCACAGUUCGAUGCAGCAAGAUAUCAACCAGAGAAGAUUGACAGAGAUUGAAUACUUCAACGGAUGGAUUGUGCGCCGCGGUGAAGAACUGGGCAUUAAAUGCGCACUUAACUACAUGAUCAAGCAUUUGGUCGCUGCCAAAGCGGCUACCCAUCGGAGCCGUGAAGCUGGCGCGAUUCCUCUUGAUCUCGACAAUGUCAUCUCUACCAAUGAGCCUCCCAUUUAA